UAGUCUCGAUCGGCCACUGGAGGUUGUGGGAGGACAGACACUGGCAAUCACAAGCUGCAGGAGUGGUAUUGCCAGGCAGCACUGUACUGCGAGGGUAAGACCUACGAAGGUGUCUAUGGGGCUUGUAAGAAGCUUGCAGUUCUGCCUUUAGAAGGUUGGCAUGUUCUAUCAUUGACUUCGUUGUUGAGAAGUGGACCGAUAACCUAUGCGAGUGUUAGCCUGGCACUUCGGGGGUGGCACGACAUACUCUCAUGCUAAGACUUUGAGAGCUGGCCUAGAAAAGACUGCCGCAUGGGUGCGGACCUCUGAUAGCCCUUUUUUAGAGUCAAUCUGCCUCAGUAUUGCAUGUGGUACUGUCAUUGCUCAAUGAGGUUGAACUAAUAUUAAUAUUGUUCCUCUUGAAUGAAGUAUGGGCUCACGACAUUCCUGCAUACUGCACUCUCACAGGCAGGCUGCCAGUGCCCACAGUAGACUGUAUGUAGAGGAGCAG